CCAUGCAUUCUCUUUGCCUAAGAGCCCCUUCUUCUUCUGAAUCUCUUCGCGUACAAGUAUACCAUUAUAUAUCUUCCAAAAUCCUCUUCUCUUUUCAAUUAAUUUCUUCCACCUCUGUUAUCUGCGUGCAUCUCCAUUUGUUUUUCUUUUGAUCAUGGCUAAGGCUCCCGUCAAGAUCAGUACCCUUCUCCUUAUGAGUAGUCGGAGAUCAUAUUCAGUGGCAGUGGAGAAUGCAAGAGUACAUGAGCCAGUAGUGACAACGAUGAGGAAGGCAGCCGAGUCUGGAAGUGCGGUGGCCGCGGAGCAGACGAAGGAGAUCUUUUGGAUGAGAGAUCCAAAAAGUGGCAAUUGGAUUCCAGAAAGUCACUUUGAUGAUAUUGAUGUUGCGGAGCUGAGGGAAAAGCUUCUUCCCAGGCCAAAAGAAGAAACCCUGAAGUAGUUUUUUUUCCAAAAAGUGGAUCCUUUCGACGCUUUACUUGAGACCCUAUUAGGUUUUCACGUCUAAUUCAACUUAAUAGUUAUUGCAUGGCGUCUAAUAUAUAUCCUUUUGUACUUUGCAAAAUUGCCUGUAAAUAGACAGUUUCUCAUGCCAUAUAUGUAGCCACAGAUCAGUGGAUAAUUGCUAUGCU